AUGUCUGGUGUUGUUAAUACCGAAGAUCCAAGCUCUGAUUCCACUGGAGUUGUAAAUACUGACACUGAAUCAGUCCAAACCAACGACUUCCAAAAAACAGAUAAACUAAAACAAGACUACGGUGUGGAUAAUUUUUCUGGAAAUGAAAAUUCUCCCCAAGCUAUUGAAAUCCCAAAAAAGCCUAAAUCGGCUUAUAUUACUGUCUGUUUAACCUGUAUUAUGGUUGCUUUUGGUGGGUUUAUGAUGGGUUGGGAUAUCGGUACUAUUGGUGGUUUCAUUGCUCAGCCAGAUUUUAAGAGAAGAUUUGGUUCUACAACUAAGGAAGGUGAGCAUUAUUUAUCAAAGGUUAGAACAGGGUUACUGGUGUCUAUUUUUAAUAUUGGUUGUGCUAUUGGUUCUGUCACUUUAGGUCGUCUCGGUGAUAUCUAUGGUCGUCGUCUUGGUUUGAUCAUGGCCACCACUAUUUUUGUUGUUGGUGUUGUUAUUGAAAUAGCUUCUAUUGACAAAUGGUACCAAUACUUUAUCGGAAGAAUUAUUGCUGGUGUUGGUAUGGGUGUUAUCGCUAUUUUGUCUCCUAUGUUAAUUUCGGAAGUGUCUCCAAGGGAGAUGAGAGGUGCUAUGGUUUCCUGUUUUCAAUUGAUGAUUACCUUGGGCAUUUUCUUGGGUGAUUGUACUGAAUACGGUACUAAGACAUAUUCUAAUUCUGUUCAAUGGAGAGUUGGUCUAGGUUUGCAAUUUGCCUGGUGUUUAUGUAUGGUUGGUGGUAUGAUGUUCGUUCCAGAAUCUCCAAGAUACUUGGUGGAAAAAGGUAAAUUGGAAGAAGCUAAGCGUUCAGUGGCUACAUCAAAUAAAUUGAAUGCAGAUGAUCCAGCUGUUAUUUCAGAAGUGGAAGAAAUUCAGAGUGCGGUUGAAAAAGAAAGAGCUGAAGGUCAAGCUGGUUGGGGUGAAUUAUUCCAAACACAUAACAAAGUUUUCCAGAGAGUUAUUAUGGGUAUUAUGAUUAUGGCUCUACAACAAUUGUCCGGUGCCAACUAUUUCUUCUAUUAUGGUACCACUGUUUUCAAAUCAGUUGGUCUAGAGGAUGGUUUUGAAGCUGCCAUCGUUUUUGGUGUGGUUAAUUUUGUUUCUACCUUUUUUGCUCUAUAUUUAAUUGAUAGAUUCGGUAGAAGAACAUGUCUAUUAUGGGGUGCAGCAGGUAUGGUUUGCUGUAUGGUUAUCUUUGCUUCAGUUGGUGUGACAAGAUUAUGGCCAAAAGGCAAAAAUGCUGGUAUCACAUCCAAGGGUGCUGGUAACUGUAUGAUUGUCUUCAGUUGUUUCUUCAUUUUCUGUUUUGCCACUUCUUGGGCACCAGUUCCAUUUGUCAUUAUUUCUGAAACUUACCCAUUAAGAGUCAAGGCUAAGGGUAUGGCUUUGGCUACAGUAUCGAACCAGUUGUGGAAUUUUUGUAUUGGUUUUUUCACUCCAUUCAUUACUGGUUCUAUUAAUUUCUACUACGGUUACGUUUUCUUAGGUUGUUUGGUAUUCGCCUGGUUCUACGUUUUCUUCUUUGUUCCAGAAACCAAGGGUUUACAAUUAGAAGACGUCAAUGUUAUGUGGGAAGAAGGUGUAUUACCAUGGAAAUCAUCUACUUGGGUCCCACCAUCGCAAAGAGGUGCUGAUUAUGAUGUCGAUGCAAUGGCAAACGAUGAUACUCCAGCAUGGAAGAAUAUGUUAGGCAAACACUAA